AUGACUUCGACUGAAGUGUCAGCAAGCGAUCAUAUCGGUACUUGUCGAGUUAGUGAUGACGAUGGUCAAGCAUUACGUGCAUUCGAUAGUAUAUCAUUCAAUGAUUAUAAUGAUUUGUCUGCUAGUAACAACUGUAUGUCAUGGAAUUCAACAUAUAAUAUUGAUCCACGAGUUUAUAUUGCUGAUAAAAGUGAAUUUAAUAUAUAUUUUCCUGGCCUCGACAGCUUGAAAAACGACACAGUCAAUGACAACCAGUAUUGUGCAUCUAAUAAUGCUAAUCCGGAAUUAUUUAAACAAUCUACUUUUCAAAAUACUCAAGUACAGUCAGAAACAAAUCCACUUCUACUCUCACAAUCAAUUCGAGUUGCAGUGCCAAAAAAACCCAAAGAUCCGUUGCAUGAAAUUCGAAUUGUCAACGGUUUAAAAAAGGCUUAUAAAGCACGAUAUAAAAGUGAUUGUUUUUCUCAAAAUGGAACGGUUCGAAAACCACGAUAUGUAGCUGAUGAAAAUGGAAACCAUUUCGUAACACUCGAAGUACCAACCGGUAUUCGUGGUUAUCUUCGAGUCGACUGGAUAACAAUUCCGGAUAAGAAUGGUAUUCAAUAUUCAAUGCCGUAUAAGUUUCAAGUAGACCAUAAAUCGCCUGAUGUAUCUGAUCGUAAUCCAGUCUAUCGACGUAUUACCCCUGAAGAUCUUGGAAUAAUAAAACUUUAUUUAGUUUUAAUUAAAUCAAAACAAGAAGAAUUAAAAAAGAUUCAAUCAAUGGAUGUAUUUCCUCCAUCUGAACACACAUUAAAAACAACGGAUCCUAACGAUUUUAAAGAAAAAUAUUCCCUAUCACCAAAACAAUUGAUUAAAGAUUAUCAAUUAGAUAAAUCUCAAUUAGCAUUUACAUUUUGUUCGAUAAGUCCGAACGGAAAGCAGCUGAUACCUGAAUGGAAUACAACUGUUUAUUCAACUGUUCUUGAGGAAGAGAUGCCUGCUGCUUCAAAAAAACGAGCAGCUACUUGUCCAAUGUGUCAACAUUCGUUUGAAAUUAUAUUGGAUAAUGCUGAUGAUCCUGAUUAUGAAAAACCAAAACGACGAAAAAAAUAG